UUCUUGAUCCUCAAAGAUUUGUGCUGGCCACACGCAUUGUCUCUCUUGUUUCAUCUCAAAAUCCCUAGAUUCUCGGCUUGGAAUGCUAUUUCUCUAAAGAUGAGUAUUGGUUACCAGUUUUUUGUGCUUGACAAUCUUUUAUGUUUAACAAUUAGAAUCAUCUGUUAUGCUCUUGAGUUUAAUAUUCGUUUAAUCUGAGAGUCUUCAUUCCAAGUUUGUAUAGUUUAGGCUUGAUAGAGUUUUCUCGGAUUAUUCUCUUGUUCUUGAUUAAACCUAAUCAAGAUUUUCAAGGCUCUUACAUGAGAGAUCUUGGUCCAAAUGUUAUGGAUAACUUGCCAGUGACCGAGUACAACAAUGGCCAUAGAUGGACGAGCCAAGAAGAAGAUGGUGAUGGUCAUAACAAGUCCAAGAAUAGCUCUCCUUGGGGGCGUGUGAAAUGGAUGGAUACGAUGGUGAAGCUGAUGAUAACUACUCUUUCUUACCUCGAUGAGGACGAUCAUAAACAUGCAAGGAAAGGUAAAUGGAGAACAGUUUCUGAAGUCAUGGACGAAAGGGGUUACCAUGUGUCGCCGCAGCAAUGUGAGGAUAAGUUCAAUGAUCUUAAUAAACGUUACAAGAAGCUUAAUGAGAUGCUUGGUAGAGGAACUUGUUGCGAUGUCGUUGAGAAUCCUGCGCUCUUGGAUAAGAUUGGUUACUUGGAUGAGAAAGAGAAAGAUGAAGUUAGGAAGAUCAUGAGCUCAAAACAUCUUUUCUACGAAGAGAUGUGCUCGUACCAUAAUGGGAACAGGUUGAAUUUGCCUCAUGACCCUGCGUUACAGCGAUCCCUGAGGAUCAGAUGCAGUGAUGAUGAUGGACAUGGGAAACACCAAAAUGAAGAUCUUGUCGACUGUGAGGAACACAACAUGUCUCAAAAGGAUUGUGGGGAUCGUGGAGUCUCCUUAGGUGGUGCAUUGAAGAGAUUAAGACGAAGCCAGAACCAUGAAGAUCUUAGUCAUCCUAAUCAUGUUAACGAGGGUUAUGUUCCUCACUUACAUAAGCAGUGGACCGAGUCUAAGUCUUUGGAGUUAGAAGAACGCAAGCUCCAGAUUCAAGCUGAGUUGAUGGAGCUCGAGAGACAAAGAAUCAAGUGGGAGAGGUUUAGUCAGAAAAGAGACCAGAAGCUCCAAAUAAUGAGGAUGGAAAAUGAAAAUAUGAAACUUGAGAAUGAAAAGAUGAAACUGGAAUUGAGAGGAGUUGAAUUGGGUGCUAGAUUCUGAAGAACCCUGGAGAUUAGACCUUCUUGAUCUAAUUAUGUACGUAGCUUCAGCUUUGAUUAAAGAAACUAAUUAUGACCAAUGUGGUUACAUCAAGAAGUGGUAACAAUUAUAUGUCAGUAUCUAAAUGUUUGCUUAAGUUCACCAUUAGACAUUAUUUAUUGUAAUAAAGCUAAAAGUUGAAAAUUUUGAGGCAAAUAUAUGUUAUCACAAUUA